CGGGGCCGGGGCGUCGUCAUCUGCAUUCACAUGGGGGCGGCGCCCGCCUCCGCCUGAAGCCCCCGCCCGGGGAGACACAAAACCCACGCGAGGCGCGGGGUGCCGCGACCCCCCGCCGCCGCCGCCGCCGCCAUGAAUUCGGCGGAGCAGACCGUUACGUGGCUGAUCGCCCUGGGCGUGCUGGAGUCGCCCAAAAAGACCAUCUCCGACCCCGAGGGCUUCCUCCAGUCCUCCCUGAAGGACGGGGUGGUGCUCUGCCGCCUGCUCGACCGCCUGCUCCCGGGCACCAUAGACAAAGUGUACCCGGAGCCGCGGACGGAGGGCGAGUGCCUGAGCAACAUCCGCGAGUUCCUGCGGGGCUGCGGUGCCUCCCUCCGCCUGGAGACUUUUGAUGCAAAUGACCUGUAUCAGGGACAGAAUUUCAGCAAAGUUCUCAGCUCUCUUGUGGCUUUAAAUAAGGUGACUGCAGACAUAGGGCUGGGCAGUGACUCUGUAUGCACACGUCCCUCAUCUCAUCGGAUAAAAUCUUUCGAUUCUCUGGGAUCACAGUCUUUGCACAGUAGAACUUCAAAACUCUUUCAGGGACAGUAUCGAAGUUUGGACAUGACAGAUAACAGCAACCAUCAGUUGGUGGUGAGAGCAAAAUUUAAUUUUCAACAGACAAAUGAAGAUGAACUUUCUUUUUCAAAAGGAGAUAUUAUUCAUGUGACAAGAGUGGAAGAAGGAGGCUGGUGGGAAGGAACUCUAAAUGGCAAAACAGGAUGGUUUCCAAGUAACUAUGUACGAGAAAUAAAAUCAAAUGAAAAACCGGUCUCCCCCAAAUCAGGUACAUUGAAGAGUCCACCUAAAGGCUUUGAUACGUCUGCAAUUAACAAAAGCUAUUACAAUGUGGUGCUACAAAAUAUAUUAGAAACAGAAAAUGAAUAUGCUAAGGAGCUACAAACAAUGCUUUCAAACUACCUGCGACCGUUACAAGCCAGUGAAAAGCUAAACUCGACAAACACUUCAUACUUAAUGGGAAACCUGGAAGAAAUAAGUUCUUUCCAGCAAAUGCUUGUACAGUCUUUAGAAGAAUGCACCAAGUUGCCUGAAGCUCAGCAGAGGGUUGGAGGAUGUUUUCUAAAUUUGAUGCCACAAAUGAAAAGCUUAUACCUUGCCUACUGUGCCAACCAUCCAUCAGCAGUGAAUGUUCUCACAGAACACAGUGAGGAGCUAGGAGAAUUCAUGGAGGUGAAAGGUGCCAACAGCCCUGGGAUCCUUGUACUGACCACGGGCCUCAGCAAACCUUUUAUGCGUCUGGAUAAAUACCCCACGUUACUCAAAGAACUUGAAAGGCACAUGGAGGAUUAUCAUCCGGAUCGUCCAGAUAUUCAAAAAUCUAUGACAGCCUUCAAAAAUCUUUCUGCACAAUGUCAAGAAGUACGGAAACGGAAAGAACUUGAACUACAAAUACUGACAGAAGCUAUCCGUUGUUGGGAGGGAGAGGAUAUUAAAACACUUGGCAAUGUGAUUUACAUGUCCCAGGUCAUGAUUCAGUGUGCUGGAAGUGAGGAAAAGAAUGAAAGGUAUCUUCUUCUCUUCCCUAACAUUUUGCUAAUGUUGUCUGCCAGCCCGAGAAUGAGUGGGUUUAUCUAUCAGGGAAAACUGCCAAUGACAGGAAUGACUAUCACAAAGCUAGAAGACAGUGAAAACCAUAAAAAUGCAUUUGAAAUAUCAGGAAAUAUGAUUGAAAGGAUACUAGUGUCCUGUAAUAACCAACAAGAUUUGCAUGAAUGGGUGGAUCACCUGCAGAAGCAAACCAAAGUCACAACUGUUGGGAAUCCCACCAUUAAACCUCACUCUGUGCCAUCUCACACGCUUCCUUCCCAUCCAAUAACACCUUCCAGCAAGCAUUCAGACAGCAAACCGAUACCACUGACUCCUGCGUACCACACUCUCCCUCAUCCAUCACAUCAUGGGACUCCACAUACCACGAUAAACUGGGGACCUCUGGAACCUCCGAAAACCCCCAAACCUUGGAGUCUGAGCUGCUUACGGCCCGCGCCUCCGUUACGGCCUUCAGCAGCUCUUUGUUACAAAGAGAGGAUGUCUUGUAUCCUUAAGGAUCUCAGUAAAAGCCCUAAAACCAUGAAAAAGCUGCUUCCCAAACGCAAGCCAGAACGGAAGCCAUCAGAUGAAGAGUUUGCACUGAGAAAAAGUACAGCUGCUUUAGAAGAAGAUGCUCAAAUUCUUAAAGUCAUUGAAGCAUAUUGCACAAGUGCCAAAACACGUCAAACACUAAAUUCAACAUGGCAAGGCACUGACCUGAUGCAUAAUCACGUCUUGGCUGAUGAUGACCAAUCAAGUCUAGACUCCUUGGGUCGUCGCAGUAGUCUUUCUCGUUUGGAGCCUUCAGACCUCUCAGAAGACUCUGACUAUGACAGUAUAUGGACAGCCCAUAGUUACAGAAUGGGGUCUACAUCUCGUUCCCGUAAAGAAUCGGCUCCUCAAGUCCUGCUUCCAGAGGAAGAAAAAAUUAUUGUAGAAGAAACUAAAAGUAAUGGUCAGACUGUUAUAGAAGAGAAAAGCCUUGUUGACACAGUAUAUGCAUUAAAGGAUGAAGUACAGGAGUUAAGACAGGAUAACAAAAAAAUGAAGAAAUCAUUAGAAGAAGAACAGAGAGCUCGCAAGGACUUGGAGAAGCUUGUUAGAAAAGUUCUAAAGAACAUGAAUGAUCCAUCUUGGGAUGAAACCAAUUUAUAACUAUUUUUUUUUUCCUUUUUUUUUUUUUUUUUCCUUUUUCUUUCUAUUGAAAGACCAGUUGUAAAACUGAGUUGGGAAGCCUUCUGACAUUAGUCAGUGUUGCAUCAGGAGCACUACAAAACAGGAUUUAACUGGAUCUCUAGUGAUUUCUUGCUCUGAACAUGUAGAAACAGUCAAGCCAUUUACUGAAGCAAUCUAUACUUUAAGUGUGGAGACCGUGGAUUCUGAACUCUACUAAACUUAAUUUGUUUGCAUCUAAAUUACCUCAUUUUGCAGAACGUGCAGCACCUGACUAAAAGUCCUUGUUUUUCAGUGGCUUUUUAAUUAAAUAUAUAUUUUUCUUGUAAAUAUCUGUAAUUUUGAAUGCAUAUGUGAUUGAUGUAUCAGGGCUGAUAUGUUAUUUUUUUCUCUUGUUAUUAUAAUGGUCACAAGUGUUAGAAAUGACGGCAGUACUGUCUUACCUAAGAAAGGUCAGAGUUCUUUGUGGGUAAUUAGGGAUUUGUUCCAAAUUACCCACUCAUCACAGAUGCAAAUUUAAAAACCUGUUUUUCCUGUUGACCUGACCACUGUAUUUAAAUCCUUCACUGUUAUUUAUGUCUGUGCAUACAUUUUUAAACAGUUUACAAGUCUUUAAGAACAGUAUUACAAUACAGAAAAUUGCUUAUUGACAGUAGAAACAAUUUUUAACAAAAGUAAUGCCCAUGAUUCACGUUCAUGUACACUUGUUUGGCAGACUAAUCUGUUGUGCUUUGGCCACCAAAAGACUGAUGUACUUGCCUCCUUUUUAUGACUGUGAUUUUUAAGUGUUUAUGUACUACAUUUUCUAUUGUUGUGCUUAAACAUACAGCUGGCUGAUAAUUUAAUAGAUCAUACAGUUUGUUAAAACAACAACAACAAAAAUCAAUCUAAUCCAGAAUUUUGUGAAUAAAUUGUUGCUAUUUAUAUUUUACGGUCAUAACAAUUAAGUUUUAGCUAACCUUUGUGCAUAAGACACAUGGGCUAGGCCAAACUUCAUUCAGAGCUUUGUUUUGAUACCACUAUGUAAGACUCCCAGUCUGGAAUUCCCAGACUGUGGAAGCAGUCAUUCCUGACCCACCCGGCGUUCUCAGCGUGUUGCUGGUUUCUGUCCUACUAGGAUUUAAAUGGAAACAAAUCUGGAAGUAAGAUUUUUUUUUUUUUUUUUUAAAUCAUACUGUAAUUCAUAAUUUGCACUGCUGACAGAUUUGAAAAUACAUAAUGAACAUUUAUUCCCUAGUCUGAUAGGUGCAAUUACUGCAAUCUUGUAUUUAAAAUAGGAGAUGCGACAUCACUGCAAAUGGCGAGCUUCAGUUGGAGCGCUUAAAAUGCUAAUCCCAUUAAAGCUCAUUGUGUUUCAUUGAUUUCAGCAGAUUUUGGAUUAAACUCCAGAUGGUGCAAUUUUCUGUGGGGGCUUUUCUUCAGUUGACAGUCAGAAGUGUAGGUAUAGCACAGACCUGAGUCACACCUCUUGUCAUCCUGAUUUUCUAGUGCCCUUUAACUCCUGUUGAAUUUAAUGCUCGGACUUGAGCAAAUGUUUAUAUGAACUUCAGUGAGUUAGAGCCAGGAUAAAUAGGGUGGUAAGAAUUGUCAUGCACAUUUUGAAUCUAAUGAAAAAUCUGUUUUUAAAGCUACCCACUUUUCUCAGUCGAUAACAGCUUUUUUAAAUAGGAAAGAAUGACAAUGAUUACCUACUUGAGAAACAAUUCUGUGGGAGUGGAUACUUAAGAAUCUGAACAGACAAUUAGUUGCCUGAUUUUAAAAGCUGAAUAUAUUUGUAAGUAUUUUAAUUUGUGCUCCUGCAAUUUAAAAAUUUAAUUCUUAAAUUAAAAAUUUAAUCCUUUAAUUCUAAAUGAGGAGACUGGAUAAGAAAACUAAAAAUGUCUACAGUAUCGGAGUUAGCUAUAUUCACAGUUAUUUAAAUUUGUGAUAAUUCUUGACACCAAAGUCUCUUCCUGUUGUUUGCAGUUGCAUAAAAAUGUGGACUGACAUUUAUAUUUAUCUUCCUAUUUAGAAAAUACUCUUGCUAAAAGCUAAGUGAUACUAAACACUGCAAAAUUUGUAGCAUCUUGGCUAAAUUUAGACUUGGGAAUGCCGAUAUAAUUAGAAUUUUGCUAACAUUUUUACUUUCUGACAUUCAGGCUACUUUCACAGUGAAUUUUAAUUUGCAGUUGAGCAUAUUUGAAAGGACUUUCCAGAGGAAAAAGUAUAAAAGGACAACAUUAAUCUUAGCAGUAUUUAGCAAAUUUUAACUCAGGAACAACUUCCAUCAUAACAAUUUGUUUUACAUUAUAAUGUAAAGAGUGACAUUGCUAUGUAAAUUUGCUGACUCUUAGCACCUGUGAUUAUUCUGAUUUCUGACAGUACCCCCAUACCAACAUCUAACGAACAUGCCUUAAACACUGGGAUUAAGCAGUUGGUAAAUAUGACCAGGAUUUAGGGACUGAUUUUAUUCAAGGUGGAUUGGGAUGACUAAUUUUUACAAAAAAAAAAAAAAAAAAAAAAAGAAAAAAAACCUAGCAUUGUAGAUAGCUUUUGUCUCUAGUGCAGAGAGUGAGCUUCAGGCUUUUGGGAACCAAGGAGUAUCAACUUCUUUUUUCUUUGACAAUUUGUUAUACUGUAUAUAGAUUGUAAAUUUCACCAUGGACCUUCUGAAUUGUUGGAAACUUUAUAUAAGCAUGGAUAAAUGGGGCACUGUUUAUUUAACCUAUUAAAGGGUUAAUUCUUUGCUCUCAUCAUUUAGGGAUGAGGAGAUGAAGCCAUUUCUUAUCCUGUAGAUGUGAAGCACUUUCAGUUCUGAACUGUCCAAAAUGUAGCAUAACAUUUCUCUGUACUUACUGAUGUUCGCGUGUUUGUCUCACCAUGUCAUGACAUCCUAAAGAUGGAAAGCUGACCACCUUUGUAUAAACCUUCUUAAUGCCAAUCAUUUAGGGAAUUUAGAGUGUCUGUUUACAGUAUCUGUGGAGAACUCAAGUUUAGUUUAGACGUCACAAUAAUACCCUGCUAUGGACUACUAAAGUGUUGAUGCUACAUUGUUGUAAUUAAACCAUGAUUUUUCCCCUA